AUGGAAUCAGAAAGAUCUAAUAGCAUAGCUUCACAGACCCCAUUGUCCAAUGAAAAAGAUUUUUUUGAGUCUGAUUAUAGGAGUAUCACUAAUCACGAGAAUCAAGCUGAAUCUGUCACCUGUUCUUGGUGUAAAGAACCAGAUCCAUUAUUCGAAACUAAUGGAACUAACUUAGAACCAAUGUAUUAUUAUUUCCUUAAAAAAGAUAUGACAUGUCCUCAUUGUCAACAUCUUAUUUAUCUUGGUGAUAUUGAUGAUGCAAAGCUAAAUCCUAGAGAAGAUGAUAAUGUUAAAAAUUUUUUUAAAGAAUUAAUUAACAGACCACAAGACUUCAAUCCAUUACCAAAGGUGUCAGAUGUGGAAACGGAUCCUACAACUCCUGAAAUGAUAUUCGUCAAAUUACAUAAUAAAAUACUUCAUGCUGAGAAGAUUCUUAAUAAAAAAACACGUGAAGUAUCCCGCGUAAAAUAUGAAAUCCUUGACUCUCAUUAUCCUCUUGGGGAAGCAUUGGAGAAGAAAUUGGCUGAAUAUACCUCUAUUCAUCCUACCCAAACUGCACGAGUAUUGCUUAAUGCAGAAAUUUGGCGACAAUUCUCCUUUGAGAUGACUCGUAAUAUCUUUAACAAGAAGAAACGAUCAGCUAAAAAUAUUUAUAACAUAUUUAAAACAGAAGGUUUAGGAAGAGACGAGAUCAAGCGAAUUAGGAGAAUUUCACCAUC